GGGGCGGUACUUCCGGGUCAGGUGGGCCAGCCUCCUUGACCUUUCUCACUGCUCGGCCAUUUUGUCCCAGUCAGUCCGGAGGUUGCGGCUGUGGAGGAGCUAACUGAGUAGGAUUUGCAAAGAUGCUGUCCGUGCGCGUCGCCGCGGCCGUGGCCCGCGCCCUUCCUCGGCGGGCCGGGCUGGUCUCCAAAAAUGCUUUGGGAUCAUCCUUCAUUGCCACAAGGAACCUCCAUGCCUCUAACCCUCGUCUUCAGAAGACUGGCACUGCUGAGGUGUCCUCUAUUCUUGAAGAGCGUAUUCUUGGAGCUGAUACCUCUGUUGACCUUGAAGAAACUGGGCGUGUCUUAAGUAUUGGUGAUGGUAUUGCCCGAGUACAUGGGCUGAGGAAUGUACAAGCAGAAGAAAUGGUCGAGUUUUCUUCUGGCUUAAAGGGUAUGUCUCUGAAUUUGGAACCUGACAAUGUUGGUGUUGUCGUGUUUGGAAAUGAUAAACUAAUUAAGGAAGGAGAUAUUGUGAAGAGGACAGGAGCCAUUGUGGAUGUUCCAGUUGGCGAGGAGCUAUUGGGUCGUGUAGUAGAUGCCCUUGGUAAUGCCAUUGAUGGAAAGGGUCCAAUUGGUUCCAAGACUCGUAGGCGAGUUGGCCUGAAAGCCCCUGGAAUCAUUCCUCGAAUCUCUGUGCGGGAACCAAUGCAGACUGGCAUUAAGGCUGUAGAUAGCUUGGUGCCAAUUGGUCGUGGUCAGCGUGAGCUGAUUAUUGGUGACAGACAGACUGGGAAAACAUCGAUUGCUAUUGACACAAUCAUUAACCAGAAACGUUUCAAUGAUGGAUCUGAUGAAAAGAAGAAGCUGUACUGUAUCUAUGUUGCUAUUGGUCAGAAGAGAUCCACUGUUGCCCAGUUGGUGAAGAGACUUACAGAUGCAGAUGCCAUGAAGUACACCAUUGUUGUGUCAGCUACUGCUUCUGAUGCUGCCCCACUUCAGUACCUGGCUCCUUAUUCUGGCUGUUCUAUGGGAGAAUAUUUUAGAGAUAAUGGCAAACAUGCAUUGAUCAUCUAUGACGACUUAUCCAAACAGGCUGUUGCUUACCGUCAGAUGUCUCUGUUGCUCCGCCGACCCCCUGGCCGUGAGGCAUAUCCUGGUGAUGUGUUCUACCUACACUCCCGGCUGCUAGAGAGAGCAGCCAAAAUGAAUGAUGCUUUUGGUGGUGGUUCCUUGACUGCCUUACCAGUCAUAGAAACACAGGCUGGUGAUGUGUCUGCUUAUAUUCCAACGAAUGUCAUUUCUAUCACUGAUGGACAGAUCUUCUUGGAAACAGAAUUGUUCUAUAAAGGUAUCCGCCCCGCCAUUAAUGUUGGUUUGUCUGUGUCCCGCGUCGGAUCUGCUGCCCAAACCAGGGCUAUGAAGCAGGUGGCAGGUACCAUGAAGCUGGAAUUGGCUCAGUAUCGUGAGGUUGCUGCUUUUGCCCAGUUUGGUUCUGACCUCGAUGCUGCCACUCAACAACUGUUGAGUCGGGGUGUGCGUCUGACUGAGUUGCUGAAGCAAGGACAGUAUUCUCCUAUGGCGAUUGAAGAACAAGUGGCUGUUAUCUAUGCAGGUGUAAGGGGGUAUCUUGAUAAACUGGAGCCCAGCAAGAUCACAAAGUUUGAGAAUGCUUUCUUGACACAUGUUGUCAGCCAGCACCAGGCCCUGUUGGGCAAUAUCAGGGCUGAUGGAAAGAUUUCUGAAGAGUCAGAUGCAAAGCUGAAAGAGAUUGUAACAAAUUUCUUGGCUGGAUUUGAAGCCUAAAUGCCUAUGGAUUUACAACACAUACUGGUUUGGUUUUGUCAUCAUUUCUUCUAGUAAAUCAGUUUCAUUUGUAAAAGAAUUACUCUCAAACUCCUGAUGUACAGAAAUCACAUUAAAAAUAAAAGUUCGGUAUCGUGUGUUGGUUUUCUGUAGUUUGUGUUAUUGUUGUUUUUUUUGGUGGCCAGCAGGUAAGGGAAUCUGCACCCUUCAUUUUGGUGUUAUAACAUUGUGCUCUAACAACCUGAGUUGGCUGGCCUGCCCUUUUGUGUUUUUAUUUGUUUUGGCGGCUGCCCUGUUGACCUUGGUUUUAUAACAUUGUGUUUAAAACGACUGAGAUUACAUUGAGGAAUUGGUAAACAUGCUUCUUAACCUAUUUUACUUGAGUAUUAGUACAAUCAGCAGAGCUAAAUAAUUCAAGGUUGAGCUCUUUUUCAAGUUUCUAGAGUACUUUGUGGUAGGUGAAAGAAAAAUUGACAAACUGGAUGACUGUAUAUGUGGCAAGUUGACAAUAUUGAAGAGCCUGAUUGGCUUCUCUACCCAGAAGAACUAUCUGUGUAAAGAUACAGUGGGCAGGGAAAGAAUAGGACAACUAAAAUUCUCAAGGGAAUGAAAAAUUGGUAAGUGGAAUAUGAAGAAUGGGGAUAAAAACUGAGGUGAUACCAAUAAAGAGAACUGUGGAAAAGUA